CUUCAAACCACCAGUUACUCUCUGCACUGGAGUGAAUAGUACUUCUAGACCUGCGAAGCAAGCUAUAACAACGAGGAGAGGACUUGCGCACGCAAUACACGGUUUCACAGAUCAACAGUUCUACGCUAUGAGAGAAAACAGGAUGAGUCAACUUGGGAACUGAAGAGGAAAUAUUGGUCUUGGGGGGGAACUAUAUUAUAUUGGACAAUUCUGCUUCAUUUCUUCACCUCCCUGGAGACUGUCAGAACUAGCCAGACUUUCUUAAAGCAGCAAAGAGGAACUGCAGCAAAACAACCCAUUUGCUUUGAACCAACUAAUGGCCAUGGAGAGGUCUCAUCUGAGCAACAUCUCCCGGGCUUCCUUAUUAGGAGAUGCACUCUGGGAAACAGGUGACUGCCCAACCUCCCUCAGUAGCACCACUUUCCUCAUCGUAGCAUACAGCGCCAUGCUAGCGGUGGGCUUGGUGGGCAAUACUUGCCUGGUCUUAGUCAUUACACGACAAAAAGAGAUGCGUAAUGUGACCAACAUCUUCAUCGUUAACCUCUCAUGCUCCGAUAUCCUUGUUUGCUUGGUAUGUUUACCAGUUACCAUUAUCUACACACUUAUGGAUCGAUGGAUUCUGGGUGAAGCUCUGUGCAAAGUGACGCCGUUCGUCCAGUGUAUGUCUGUGACUGUUUCGAUUUUCUCCAUGGUCCUCAUCGCUUUGGAGAGACACCAGCUCAUUAUCCACCCAACAGGAUGGAAACCAGUCGUCAGACACUCGUACCUGGCUGUAGCAGUUAUCUGGAUUGUAGCUUGUUUAAUUUCUCUUCCAUUUCUCUCCUUUAACAUCCUCACAAACUCACCAUUUCACAACCUCAGUAUUCCAUUUAACCCCUUUAGCGAUCAUUUUAUCUGUAUAGAGCAGUGGCCAUCUGAGGGAAAUCGGCUAGCUUACACCACAUCAUUACUGCUUUUCCAGUACUGCUUACCAUUAGCGCUAAUUCUACUCUGCUAUUUCCGCAUAUUUCUACGCCUCAGUCGACGGAAAGAUAUGGUUGAAAGAGCACAAGGUGGGUGCCAGAAGAAGGCCAAAGGCUCAAAGCGAGUCAACGCCAUGCUUGCCUCAAUUGUAGCCGCGUUUGCCCUGUGCUGGUUGCCGCUAAAUGUUUUUAACACAGUGUUUGAUUGGAACCAUGAGGCAAUUCCAGUGUGCCAGCAUGACACCAUUUUCUCAGCUUGCCACCUCACUGCUAUGGCGUCAACUUGCGUCAACCCAGUGAUAUAUGGAUUCCUGAACAAUAACUUCCAGAAGGAGUUGAAAUCGCUGAUGUACAGAUGCCGCUGCUGGGGGCCACCCGAGAGUUACGAGAGUUUCCCAUUGUCUACCGUCAGUACGGGUGUUACAAAGGGGUCCAUCCUUAGCAAUGGCUCAGUCAACGCCUAUAAGCCACACAAGAAAAACAGUUUAGAACAGAGAGAGAUAGUUUAAAGUGUGUAAAAUGUUCUACAAGGCAAUAUACCUUGCUAUGCUUCAAUAAAGCAUUCAAAGUUGGCUUGAGAACAUUGGUAGCCAAUCUGUGCAAUGAGUACAAGACUUCAAAAAUCUUUAGUGGCUGAAUUUAGGGUUCAGUAUCCUAAGAAAUGUAAAUGUGUAAUGUGUUCUCCAGGUCCUUAUUACUAAAAGAUGUUGACAUAUCUUUAAACGUAGUUCAGAAAAAUAUUAAGUUAAGGUAUAUUGUAGCUUGGCUCUCCAGAGGAGAACCAAAUAUCUGUUAGCCUUUUAAUAUAUUUACAUUUUUUUAAGUCAACACGGAACACCCAUUCAACCAUUUUAUUUCCGCAAUGUGACAUAUGCAGUAUAUGUGAUAGAAUAGGAUAUUCAAUGAGAAUUUUUUUUUUAUUUGAUCAUGAAAAGUGGCCGUACCAUAUCAAAUUGCAGCUGGUCCUGAAUGCAAGUUUGCAGUUCAUUUUGGAAGACUACUUCUCACCUGAAACACCAUUUGCACCAAACUUUUGAGGAGGCUUCUGAACGAGACAUGGAGGCUGAAAGUUCACCCUAGAGAGCAUCUUGAUAUAUCCCAAUUAAACCUGCAUUAAAUUACUUCAUUAACUUUUGGCAAGAUUUUAGGUAGGCUGCAUUAACUACAAAACUAGCCGAAAACAAUGGCUACAUAGCUUUUUGGCUUUCUGCCUAUGUGUCUUCAGCUGAAAAGGAAGAUAAUUUCCGAGGCGGUGAUUACACUUUGAUGAAAAUUCCAAAGUCAUAAAUUAAUCGUGCAUAAUUAAAACCAGGAAUGUGAAUGUGAACUGUAAAUAGGAUCCACUUUGAUUUCACGUUGUUUUUAACAACUGCUAAAAUGAGCUCUAAUGUAAUGCUCAAAUUCAAGCUCAAAUUCUCAAUAUGAUAUCAAAUGAUGCACAGAAUCCCAAUUUCAAUUCACAAGUUCACCUGCCCAAAUAAACAUUGAGUAGUAAAGGUAAAGGAAUGUGGCUUGAUGUACACAAAGGAGGGGCUCAAGGAUGAUCCUUGACUCAAGCUCUAAUUUACCCCCCUAUGGGACAACAAAAUGUAUUGAGAGGUAAGCAGCGGUUUAAAUAUUCUACAGUUAAUUGGCAAAUUUGAUGUGCAAGCUCAUCCUGAAUAAGUAGAUUAUUAAUAACUAGAUGUUGAAUACUUAGUAGAGGUCUUGUUCUUUAAUGACACAGAAACAGAAAUUGACUUUUUUUGUUAUUUUCACUAUUACAGGAAAGUGGAGAGGUAGCAUUGUGUAUAAUGUGUACAUUUAAAAUAAUUAGCAGGACUAGAACUGUAUAAGCACAGCACUCUGUCACUGAUUGUGAUUAGAACGCCUACUACGUCUGAUAUGUAGAUUUUACACAGAAAUAAAAUUUAACUGAUAUCAGAGUAUACACUGUGUUUUUUUUUAAUUUUGCCUGAAUGGCUAUACAUGGCAAAGCUAUCCAAGUAAAUUAUAGAUUUAAUGCCUCAUUUGCAUAUUUUUACUGAAGUGUGGUUUAGAACAUUAAUGUGCAUGUUCUAAGUAGUUCAUUUAAAAAAAAAAGAAAAGAAAAAAAGGCAUCAUGAUAUCACCAGUUAGUAUAACAAACCUGCGCUCUUCAAAUGUCAGAUGUCUAGUCACAAAUAGAAUAGUUAAUUGCCUGAAUUAUUUUGAAGUUCUGAUCAACAGUAGUAUUCUGAUCACUGAUGUAUUGUAUUAUUCAAGCAAAUUUGAUCGAAUCUAAAUUAGCACUAAGCUUAGUGUACACUGCUAUAUAUAUCCUUAUACAUUUAGUACAUGUAAAUGUUACCAUAUUAAAAGUCCUUAUAUUUUUUUAAUUUUUUUAAUUGCAGCACUACUGUGGAAUGUCUCUUAGAAUAUAGCCUAUUGGGUUAUCACUGCCAAUCAUAACAUGCUGCUAUGAUCUUGUCUUAAUGGCAAAGACUUAAUUCAGUUCCUACAUUUGCAGUUUGGAGUAUUUUCAGGUGGUAAUAAAUUUCAUGUCCAAACUCUGAAAAUACAGUGGAACAUCAAAUUAUGUCCCUGUCGAUCAGAGCUGUAGCCAUCUAAUGAAACUAAAAUGUAUGACAUUUUUGUUAAACGACCAUGGUUUAUUUUUAAAUUAUUAUUAAUAUUUUUACAUUUACAUUUGUAUUUCUUAUCUAAUUUGUAGUGGUAUUUUUCCACAUGUUGUCAUAAAGUGAUUUUUAAGUCACAGCAAAAGGGGCCGGUGAAAGAAGUUGGAGAGGAUAAAAUGAUAUCCAUUUUA